CCGAGGCUGGGCAGCGUUGACUGUGUUGAAUGUCUGGCCACAAAGCAAAGCUUCUCGUCUGGGUCUUCAUUGAAACAAGGGCUUCUGGAAAGCGGUUUGAUCCAGCUGGGAGAUGUUUGCCACAGCCACCAGAAACUUUGUGGAGGAAGUGGAUUAUGGAGGUGUGCUGAUCCCAGUGUCCAGCCUGAAUGACACUAUAGAUGUCCUGACACUAGUGGUGAAGCGCAAGCGUUUCUGGUUCUGGCAGAAGUCCAAGUAUCUUCCCACUGAUUUUCACUUCAAUGAUAUACUAGCAGGAGAUACCCCUAUAGAGCCAGAUACCAAAGAGACAGACUUCAUCAAAUAUAAAGGGACAUAUGGUGACAACAUUCAGGGAGCUAUGGAUGCAAAUUUUGUCCACUCCAAUGUGAGCCUGGAGGGUAAAGACUCUUCCAAACUCCAGUCAUCCUUUGGUAGUUUGAAGAAAGAGGAAGUGAAUGUGCAGAAGUUGCUGAAAGACUCUAAAAGCAGGGUGCUGGACAUGUCUCACUGUCUGAUCCAGCAGACAAAGGAGAAGCACAGGCUGGUAUUUGGGAUUGUGAAGGAGCGAAUUGUGACCACUAUUCCCUGUUCGGUCAUAGAGGAGGUGCAGCAGGGUGGACAGUGUGGAGGAGGACUGAGCCUCUGCGGGCCCAAGAGCCCUAAGGUUUCAUUGAAAGAGAAUGGGAGCCUGAGUAUAGACAGUAAUGUUACCAUGGAAAUUCCCAUCAAUACUACCAUUGCCUAUUCCCUCAUAGAGCUAGAGAUCAAACAGGAUGGAUGCUAUGAGUUGUGUCUGAUGUCAGACACCACUGGAGGUUUUGAAGUAGACAGUGGUGUUCUUGCACACGAUUCUGAAAAUAGCUGCCUUCGACAAGACCUGGAGCAACUUAAUGAUCAUUUCCAGUUGCUGUCAUCUCUUCCUGCAACCACAAGGUCCUCUCUGCUCCAGCAAUUCACAAACAUUAUGCAGGACAGAGCAGCCGUCAGUGCACUUCAGGAUAUGCUGGACCAGAUGAGCCUAGAUAAGUCUCCUGCCUUGGUUGAUGUUACAACGACAGUGUCUCAAAAACAGAAUAUCCAAGCCAUUCUGGAGCUUGUGGAGCUGUCUGGUCAAGUGGAGUCAGCUCAGAGAGGCCGGUCCACAUCAGUCCUCACAGCUAUUCACCUCAUUAGCAGUGCCUUGGAUGAGAUGACCAAUGAUUGUCUUGAUGUCUUGGGAAUGUGCUGCAGCCACACAGUCUUACAGACAAUGGAGCUAUUGGUGCAGAGCAUAUCAGGAAAUGGAAAGUGUCCUCUGAGCAGUGCAAGACUAACUGCACUGACGGGGGACAUCUAUGAAAAUGCUGAACAUCUGUUUGCCUCCUCUAAUGUGUCCCUGAAGAGAGACGGGGACACAGUGAGGGCAGAAAUAAACCAAGGGCCAGGAAACCUUCCUCUGGUGCUGUGUAUCGCUGUCAGGGGUCUUGCCUCAUUAGCCCCCUGUGUUUGAACCGAAGAUGCCUUUAUAUCAACCAGAAACUUGAAAUACCACACUGGAAUGCAGUGAAGGGGAUCAUAUACAUAUUUAGUGUUAUUCAUCAGAUAAGUGUUUUUUAUUCUUUUUGGUGCGGUGGAAUGCCCUUUAAAACACUAUGGCAUUUUACUGUAAGGUAAUUACAUAGAUUUACUAAUGUAGAAGCAAUAAGUCAAUUAAUGCCUUAGUCAGUGAAAUGACAAUCAUUGAUCAAUGUCAUCAAAGAUUUUAAUAAGCAAUUAGUUUAGGUCAUGGAUUUUGGACUUUGUUGGACAAAACAAGCAUUUGAAGCUCGGGGGGGCAUUUUUCACUGAUUUUGGAUUUUAUAGAAAAAGAACAUUAAAUGAUCAAGUUGUAAAUUAAUCAACUUUUAGAUUAUUCAGUAAGCAAAGGACAACACCCUUGAAGUUCUCACUGGCUGUGGCAUAAUGUAAGGUAAAUACUAAUUAUUUUAAGGAGGGUCUAAUGUGAUGUCUUAAGCUAUAGGAUAUCUAUGCACUUCAGUCUUUGUGGCUUUUGAUUGUUUAUAUUACUUUUUCACCUCUUUAUUUUCCUCUGUUAAGUAUUGUUAGAUCAAAUAUUCAUGAGUUGUGGAAAUUUUGUGACACAUCUACACAAAACUACUGUGCUCCAGAGACAUGAAUCUUCGACUGUUUUUUUUUAAUGUGCCAACUACAAACCUCAUUCUGGACCACUUGAGCAUAUUGUUUUAUGACUAUUUAAAUUUUUCAUCCAGUCUGAUUGCACAUGUCUUAAUGUGUUAUUUCAGGUUUUAAACAUAGUUAAUGAUCUUGGAAGUUGUUUCAACUUGAUACCUUCUAUCUGUAUCUUUCUUUUAUGUUUAUCUCUAUGGUGCA